AUGUCACAAGAGGCGGAUCCGGAAGAAAAACGACGUCAACGAUCGGAGGAGGCUCGCCGAGCGGCCCUCCGACAAAGAAUUGAGCAGCAAAAGGCGCGGGAACGACAAAUCGCCGAGGAUAUUGCGAAUGUGGACAAAAAGGCGACGAAACGCAUCGUAUUCGAGGAUUCUGACGACGAGGACGUCGAAAAAACGGAUUCUGGCGAGAAAGUACGCGAAUGUUUAGGACAAGGUCAAUAGAAAUUGAAAAAUUUUCAGCCAAUUUCCACAUCGAAAUCCUCUUCGAAACGCCCGAAAUUGUUCGAUUCGGAAGAUGAAAUGGAAAAUGAGAAGGAUGACGUCAUCGACGAGGAAACCCUCGUCAAUCGGCACUCUGGACCCAAAGGUGGGCUAGGAAUCAGGGCUGACCGUUUGACCCACUUGCAAUGAUCCGAUCGGGUCCAAACUUUGCAGGCUUCGCGGACUUGGAUUGAAGUAUAUUGGUUUCAAGUUUCAGACCGAUCCGAUCAAUAGGUCCCGAGAUAUACUGGUUUGAGGUCGGAAACCCUCUGAUCCACAUAUCUCGGGACCGGAUGAUCGGAUCGGUCUGAAACUUGAGCACAAUAUACUUCAACCCAAGUCCAAGCGGCCUGCAAAGUUUGGUCCCGACCGGAUCAUUGCAAGGAGUCCAAAAGUCCAGGAAAUUUUCCCAGUCCUGUUUGGUGUGUAAAACAUGAAAUUUCUUAGGGAAUUGAGGUAAAAUCAUCAAUUUUUAAGGAGAAAAGCUGAUGAAGCUGGAAUCGCGGUUCAACAGCGAUCCUCGCUUCAAACUCGACGACAAAUUCGCCGAAUCGGAUUCAGAUGACCAAGAAAUGGACGAGGAGAGAAAAGUACGAUUUUUCUUUAUUUUUCCACCAGAUAAUGACUAAAACUUUACUUUUGCAGGAAAUGAAGAAAGAAAAAGACAAAAACCGCGAGCUAUUGUCUCGAAUUCUCGGCAAAACGGUGGAGGAGAAGAAGCCGAAGUUGACGACGACUUCAGACGCAUCCGGAGCACUUCUGAAGGCCCGCCCGUUCACGAGAUUCGAUCCCGAGAAUCCGGAACAUUUGGAGUGGAUGCGGGCAUUCGAAGCCUCCAAAAAUCCGAAAAAACUGGAAAAAUCGGCGCAUUCUGAAGGGGAGAAGAACGAAUCGGACGGGGAGAAAGAGGAAGAAGAGGACGAGAAAAGCGAUGAGGAAUUCGAGAAAACGGAGAUUUUCUUUAAAAUGGACGAACAGUUUUCCAAUGAGGUUUGUGAUCCUCUAGACCAUUUUCUCUCAAGUCUUGAGUUUCCAGCUGAAAAAGCAAAAAGAAGCGGGCGAUUCGGCGUCGAACGGCUUCUCGUUUCUCUCGUCGAUUGGCCGAAAUUACGAGCCGGAGCCAGAGGAAAAACCGACGAAAAAGUUGGAGAAAAAUGGCAAAAAUGGGGAAGGAACGGCGGAAAAGGCGUCGCUUUUGAAGGCGAAGCCGACGAGUUCCGCAUUUUUCGUCGAUCCAUUUUCAGAUGAGAAAAUUAAAAGUUUGGCGGCGAAUUUUCGACGGACUCAGACCGUCGAGAAGGUCAUCGACACGUGGGCGCCCCAUAGAGACGCCAUUUUCAAGGUGAGCUUGCGAAAUUUGAGGAAUUCAGGACUGGGCAAAUUUCGGCCAAGGCGUUGGACUUUUGACCCACUUGCAAGGAUGCGAUUGGGCUCAAAUAGGCUGGUCGAACAGGCGCCUGUUUUUUCAGGCGCCUGUUUUUCAGGCGCCUGUUUUUUCAACGGGCCGGAUCAUUGCAAGUGGGCCAAAAGUCCAGGCCUCAAAAAGCCUGGGCCGGACUUCUGUCCAGUCCUGCAAAAAAUGAAAAUUUUGACCGUCUGCGUCUCUUUUCGCUCUUCCUCUUCUUAUCCAUUCCGAUCGAAAACGUUCGUGGCGCAAUCGGCCCGAUAUUUUAUCGAUUUUAUGUCUAUCACACGAAUGUCUCACAUUUUCGUACGCAAAUUGGAAAUGUUAACGAAAAGUACGGAGUUCUAUCGAAAUGUUCAAUUUAUUGUCGACAUGAACCUAAUUUUCGCGCGUUUUCAGCUCUGGAAAAAGCAGCGACGUGAUGCGGUCAAAAAACAAAAGGACGCCAUAUUCACGAACGGAAAACGAAAACGAAAAGUGGAGGAGAACGCGGAAACGGCGUGA